AGUCCUGCGGAGCUAACAAGCUAAACCCCUCCGCUCCCGUCCUCCCUGGGGACAUUGUCUCCGUGUCUCUGUGUGAGGAACAGGUUCUAACGCACAGGCUCGGUUCGCCCGGCGGGUUCCGACAUGGAGAAUCCCAAGUUACGCGCUUUUUACAACUUGUUUUGGUGCGUUUUGGUAGCCUAGCCGCGAAGCUAGCACCCGUUAGCUUAGCAUCGCUCUGCGCCCCCCCAACAACAGAAAAGCAGCCCAGCCUCAUCCGAGCCUCGUUGGACGGCAGAAGUUUCUCACUUUCCUCCCUGGUUUAUUUUGACAGCUAAACCCUCAAAAUGUCAAUCCUGGGUUUAAAGAAGAAGCAGCCCAAGACUUUCAAAGUCAAAGUGAUCACCAUGGACGCUGAGAUGGAGUUCAGCUGUGAGGUGAAGUGGAAAGGUAAAGACUUGUUCGACCUGGUGUGUCGCACGGUGGGUUUGAGGGAGACCUGGUUCUUUGGACUCAGAUACACAGUGAAGGACACGUACGCCUGGCUGAAACCUGACAAACGGGUCUUGGACCAGGAGGUUCCCAAGGACUCUCCCAUAACAUUUAGUUUCCUCGCCAAAUUCUUCCCAGAAAAAGUAGAAGAGGAACUGGUCCAAGAAAUUACUCAGCACCUCUUCUUCUUACAGGUGAAAAAACAGAUACUGGAUGAAGAGAUAUUCUGUUCCCCUGAAGCAUCUGUUCUCCUGGCAUCAUACGCUGUCCAAGCCAAGUACGGCGACUAUGACCCAAACUUUCACAAGCCAGGCUUCCUGGCACAAGAUGAGCUUCUGCCGAAAAGGGUUCUGAUGCAAUAUCAAAUGACAGCUGACAUGUGGGAGGAGAAGAUCACCGCUUGGUACGCGGAGCACAGAGGCAUCGCCAGGGAUGAGGCAGAGAUGGAAUACCUGAAGAUCGCUCAGGACCUGGAGAUGUAUGGUGUCAGCUACUUCGCCAUCACUCAAAAUAAAAGGGACACCGACCUGUUGCUUGGAGUGGAUGCUCAGGGUCUUCACAUCUACAGCCCCAACAGCAAACUCAACCCGAACAAGUCUUUUCCCUGGAGCGACAUCCGCAACAUCUCUUACAGUGAGAAGGAGUUCACAAUCAAACCCCUGGACAAGAAGAAAGAGGUCUUCAAGUUCUACUCAUCUCAACUACGUGUGAACAAGCUGAUCCUGCAGCUGUGCAUCGGUAACCAUGAUCUAUUCAUGAGGAGAAGGAAGGUGGACUCUAUUGAAGUGCAGCAGAUGAAGGCUCAAGCUAAAGAGGAGAAGGCCCGAAAGAAGAUGGAGCGUCAGAUCCUGGCACGGGAAAAACAGAUGAGGGAGGAAGCGGAACGCGCAAAAGAGGAGAUGGAACGAAGACUUUUCCAGCUACAAGACGAGGCGCGACUGUCCAACGAGGCACUGCUGCGAUCUGAGGAGACCGCGGACCUGCUGGCAGAGAAGGCCCAGAUAGCCGAAGAGGAGGCGAAGCUCCUGGCCCACAAGGCUGCAGAUGCUGAGCAUGAGAGACAGAGGUUAGAGGUCACCGCCAUGAAGACCAAGGAGGAGAAAAGACUGAUGGAGCAGAAGAUGAGGGAGGCCGAGCAGCUGGCUGUCAAACUGGUGGAGCAGUCCGAGAGGAGGUUGAAGGAGUCAGAUCAUCUGAAACAGGACCUGACGGAGGCGAAGGACGCAGAGCGGAGAGCCAAGCAGAAGCUGCUGGAUAUCACCAAAACCACUUACCCUCUCAUACCAGCGUACUCUGCUCCACCUGCUCCUCCCGAAGCAGCCGACUUCUCCUACGAGUCAGCAUCCACACGUCUCGACUUCAAGGACUCUGACAUGAAACGUCUGUCCAUGGAGAUUGAGAGAGAGAGGCUGGAGUAUAUGGAGAAGAGCAAACACCUGCAGGAUCAGCUGAAGGAGCUAAAGACAGAGAUCGAGUCUCUGAAGCUGGAGGAGCAGCAGCAGCAGGCCGGACUCUACAGCCUCCAGAGCGAGGCCAGGGGAUACGUUCAGGAGCCCGUCUACAUACCUCACAGCAACAGAAACUCUGCGUACAUGUCUCAGAUGGCCUACUUUGAAGAAGUCUGAUCCUCAUCCUGCUCAGAUGACAAGGGACGAGGACACCGGCUGAUGUGAUUCACUAUUUUCUUAGGUCGUUUUUUUACCUGGCUGAAACUAACAGACACAAACAUACACGCAUCUAGACUCUGUGUUUCUGAAAGACUAAAUCCUCAACAGCAAAGUGUCAGUCUGCCACGCUCGGCUGUUGCCACCUCUUACACUACGGCACCUUUAAUAUUUCUUUCAUAUGCAAAGCACGCGGUGGUGAGAGCCAUGUAUCUCACACUGAUUCAGUAUUUGGUGCUGAAGAUGGAUUUAUGAGUGGGUUUUUAUUUGAUGAUGUUUUUUGUGUGGUUUUAAGGGAUACUCCGAUAUAGACUCACGCCUUAAUGACACGUUACACAGCGAUGCCUUAACAACACGAUGGGACAGGGAUUCACUGUAUUUCACUUUGUUGUUCUUUUCAGAUACUGGCUUUACACCCUUCAUCAGAUGUAAUUCAGGGAAUGAUCAUUUCAUGGUGGAGACCAUUUCAAAUAGUUAAAAAUAACCAGAGGAUUUUGUGCAUUAGUUACAUUUUGGUCAUUUUCUUUCAUACCAGAAAAGUGUUUCUCAAACAUUUCUGAUUCUGCCUGUAAAAAACCACGGUUGAAGUUAUCUUUGAAAACUAAAUAUACAUGAACUAGAAUGGCUGCCAAGGUAUUGGUCCUGUCAAUGUGCCUGAAUCUUUUCAUCAAGACCCGUGAAGUGCACUGGGAACUCUGGGGAAUAUCUGAACAACGCCUUAUUUUGCAAAUGCUAAAAAAGUGAAAUAUAAGAUUCCUGGAUCUAGGACCCAUGUCACUUCCUUAUACAGAGUUUCAUGUAAAGAUGUUUUCUAGUUUCUACGUAAUCCAACCAGCAGACAAGUGGGCAGUGAUGGAAACUCCUUGGCAGAUGUGUAGAUAACUCCUAGUCAGUGAUAUCUAAUGGGAGCUUGUCAAGAUUUGUUGAGUGUGUGUGUUUGCAGGAACAGUGUCAAGAGGUGACGACUCCAUAAAAAUGUUGAAUUCAGUGUUUUGAUAUUUGAAUUUAAUUAGUUGUUUUGCUGUUUCGGUCAUGAACGGCCUUAAUUGAAAACAGCACACUGGUGCCUUUGUUUAUAGUUUCUAGUGCUUCUUCAUAGUAGUUAACAUACGUGUAACAUACUAUUUUAAUACUAUGCCUUUUCAAGUUUUUGUUUUUUUGUACUCUAGACUGUUGAUGUGCCUUGAACUUUAUUUUGUAUGGUUGUGAUUUGAGUUACUGAGGUUUUAUAUGAUAUCUUGCUCUUGUGUCUCAGCUUCAGAGUUUCUAUCAGUUUCAGGUUGACGGCCGCCUUAUUAUUUUCUUCUUUGUUUUUUUUCUCUCAGGGUUUGAGUUGGAGACAAUCACUACAGAUAGACUCUCAUUGUUUUUCCCCUUAGAUUAACACUAUGAUAUCCAUUAUUGUUUGACCUUUUUGUGAACAGGAGAUUUGAUUUAACUUGGAUAUCAGUGAUUCACAUGUUCCAUAGUUCUGCCAGUAGAGUGUGUGUUUGGUUUCAUAAAGAUGUGAGUGAACCUUUUCUCUACGAAACUCACUCAUCACAUUCUUAAAAAGGGAGCGGCUGAUCAAAAAAUGUUUCGGCCAGAGAUUCUACGUGUUUGUUUAUUUGGACACUGACGUCGCUCUGGACUAAACAUUGAUCACUGAUUGGUUCAUUAUUGCCGUAAUGACGGGGUUAUCAUUGAGUGCGGCUUACUUUUCUAUUGUGUGGGACGUUCAAGUAGAAAUGUUGUUUUCUUUCUAACAAAACAUUGUUCUGCAGUUUGCAUCUUUAAACAUAUUUAUUUGUGCUAUAAAUCCUUUAAUAACAUCACACGUGUUCUUGAGGUUUACCUUUGUUGGGAACUUGUAAAUAUUGUUUGUUUUCUUGUUCUAUAAGGGGAUUCAAGUUGCAUCUGUAGACAUGUGGGUUUGUUUUGAAGUGAUAAAAGAAAUGAUGCAAGUUCAUAUGAUUUUUAACCUCAAGUUAUUUUGUUAUUUCAUAGCAGCAGUGAUUGUACAUGUCUCUGUGUGUCUGUGUUGCUGAUGUUGUCCUGCUGUUUGUGUCGAUAUCUUCAGUUUGUUUCGUUGAUGUUUAUAAAAUCCUUCUUGCUUCCUA